AUGGUGCACAGGCGCUGGAUUUUCUGUGAGAGCGGCGAGGAUCCAAACUUCAGGAAGGAGCACUACGAGUAUACCCAAAGCCAGCACCGAUAA